CGGCCCCGCUGACUCAGGGCGCGGCGAUAAGCGCGGCCCGGCCCGGCCCUGCGCGCCGCGGCCCCGGUAUGUCCGGGACAUGGGCGGCCCCGCCGCGCCGCUGCGCCCGGGGCUGCUCCGGCGGCUGCUCCCGCUCCGGCUCCGGCUCCGGCUCCUGCUGCGGCUCCCGCUGCUGCUGCUCCCGCUCCCGGCGCAGUGCCUCAAAGGCAAUGCCGUGACUGUCCCAGAAACACUGCUUUUCAUAUCCACUCUGGAUGGAAACCUUCAUGCAGUGAGUAAGAGCACAGGUGACAUCAAGUGGACCCUGAAGGAUGAUCCUAUUCUGCAGGUGCCGGUUUAUGUGGCAGAACCAGCGUUCCUUCCAGACCCCAAUGACGGCAGCCUCUAUAUUCUGGGAGGAAAAAACAAAGAAGGCCUGAUGAAGCUGCCGUUCACCAUCCCGGAGCUGGUCCAGUCCUCGCCAUGCCGCAGUUCGGAUGGCGUGCUCUACACCGGGAAGAAGCAGGACACCUGGUUCAUCGUGGACCCCAAGUCAGGAGAGAAGCAGACCACUCUCUCAACAGAGGCCUGGGAUGGGCUGUGCCCGUCAAGUCCCCUGCUCUACAUCGGCCGUACCCAGUACGUCAUCACCAUGUACGACACCAAGUCGCGGGAGCUGCGCUGGAACGCCACCUUCUCCGACUACUCGGCACCGCUCUGCGAGGAGUCCUACCACUACAAAAUGGCACACUUCGCCUCGAGCGGAGACGGGCUGGUGGUGACGCUGGACAAGGAGAGCGGGGAGGUCCUGUGGGCGCAGAACUAUGGCUCGCCCGUGGUCGGCAUCUACGUGUGGCACCAGGACAGCCUCCGCCGCAUCCCCCACAUCAACCUGGCCAUGGAGACCCUGCGCUACCUGACCUUCCACUCGCAGGGCACCCACCCCUUCAAGUGGAGCUACCAGUCCAUGAAGGAUUUCGCUGCCACCAAGACGCAGCUGCUGCCAGCGCUCUACGUGGGGAAGUAUGCGGCCAGCUUCUAUGCCUUGACCUCCCUGGUCCACGGCAGCGUGGCUCUGGUGCCGCAGGGCAUCACGCUGGCCAGGAUCAACGGCCCCACCACGGAUGACGUGACCAUGAGAGAGUCGGGGGAGUGUGAGAUCACGCCCAGCACCGAUGUCAAGUACCCGCAGGGCAGCAUCACCUCGCUCCACAACCAGUGGCUCCUAAUAGGGCAUCACGAGCCGCCUCCUGUGGUCCACACUACGAUGCUACGAGCCUUCCCAGAGAACCUGAGGAAGACAACAGAAACCAUCAUCCCGAGGGCUCCUCCUGGCAGGACCGUAUUCAAUGAUUUUCUGGCCCCGAGCGGCCCGGAGGAGCCGGCUGUCCGCAGCGAGGGGCAGCUCCAGCCAGACCCUGCGCCGAGGGAGCAAGUGGAGGUCUACCCCGAGGCCGGCACCUGGGACCUGGUGAUGGCUGGCGUCGGCACGGCCCUGCUCGGCGCGGGAGUCCUGUUCCUCCUGCUCACGAAAGUGCAGAAGCAGCACGCGGUGCAGCAGCAGCAGCUGGAGAAGCAGAUUGAGCUCCUGCAGCAGCAGCGGGAGAUGCUGCUCCCGGGCCGGGUCUCUGGGGAGGGUCUCCCUGCAGAGCCUGGGGAGCCGGGGCUGAGCCAGGGAAGCACGAUGCAGCUCUCACAGAGCUCAGGCCCCUCGGCCUCCCUGGAGGAUCUGGCUAAUGGGAUGGUGAGCUCGGAUCCGGCUGUCCCGGCGGCUGAUGAAGAUGCAGAACCAGACGUGAUUGUAGUUGGGAAAAUUUCUUUUAACCCCAAGGACGUUCUGGGCCACGGAGCUGGAGGAACCUUUGUCUUCAGGGGACAGUUUGAUGGCCGGAACGUGGCCGUGAAGCGCCUCCUGCCCGAGUGUUUCCAUCUCGUGGACCGUGAGGUCCAGCUGCUCCGGGAGUCGGACGAGCACGCCCACGUCGUCCGCUACUUCUGCACCGAGAAGGACAAGCAGUUCCACUACAUCGCCAUCGAGCUCUGCUCCGCCACCCUGCAGGAGUACGUGGAAAGCCCCAACUUCGAUCGUCGUAGCCUGGACCCGGUGUCUCUGCUGCGUCAGACCAUGUCCGGGCUGGCCCACCUCCACUCCCUCAGCAUCGUCCAUCGUGACCUGAAGCCCUGCAACAUCCUCAUCUCCGUCCCAAAUCGCCACGGGCAGAUCCGAGCUGUUAUCUCUGACUUCGGCCUCUGCAAGAAGCUUCAGGGGGGACGACAGAGCUUCAGCCUCCGCUCCGGCAUCCCUGGCACCGAGGGCUGGAUCGCGCCCGAGGUGCUGCAGGAGGCCCCGAAGGAGAACCCUACGUGCGCUGUGGACAUCUUCUCAGCCGGCUGUGUCUUCUACUACGUGGUGUCAGGAGGGCAGCACCCGUUUGGGGACAGCUUGCGGCGACAGGCCAACAUCUUGUCAGGCUCUUACCAGCUGAGCUGCCUGCAGGAAGAAGCUCACGACAAGCUUGUUGCGCGAGAGCUGAUUGCAGCAAUGAUCAGUCCUGAGCCCCAGCGCCGGCCCUCAGCCCCCAUGGUCCUUGUGCACCCCUUUUUCUGGAGUCAGGAGAAGCAGCUGCAGUUCUUCCAGGACGUCAGUGACCGCGUCGAGAAGGAGCCUACCGAGGGGCCCAUCGUCUCUGCACUGGAGGCAGGGGGGCGGUCGGUGGUGAGGACCAACUGGAGGAUGCACAUCUCCCUCCCGCUGCAGACAGACCUGCGGAAGUUCCGCACCUACAAGGGGGGCUCGGUGCGUGACCUCCUGCGGGCCAUGAGGAACAAGAAGCAUCACUACCACGAGCUGCCAGCCGACGUCCGGGCAGCCCUGGGCUCCAUCCCCGACGGCUUCGUGCAGUACUUCACCUCCCGCUUCCCCCGCCUGCUGCUGCACACGCACGGGGCCAUGAGGGUCUGUGCCCACGAGCGGCUCUUCCACUCAUACUACUGCCAGGGGCCCGGAGGCGACGGCGAGUGAGCAGGACACGCGUCGGGAUGGCACCCGCGGCGCGAGGCUGCUGCGGCCGCUCCUCCCUGCCCGUACCUGCAGCCCCGUCUUGCAGCAGCUUGGAGCAGCCCCGAGGGUUCUCUGGCGUCCUUCUCCCCCUCCCCAGGGCAAGGCGGGACCCCAGGACCGGCUGGUUGCCCGUGUGGGGGUUACAAGCAGCAUGGGCCAGAAGAGAUGGGCAUAGGGUGGCACUGGACGCUCACCUGGCAUAUCCUGAGCCCAAGAUGGACCACCUGGGCACCCACCUUUGCAAAUGUCACAGUCAGACUCAAGGGCCUGAAGGUGUUUGUGUCAGAGAACCAAAAAAAAAACCACCAAACCUCUGUGGUGGACAUAGCAUUUGCGAAGAAAGAAGAAAAAGGUCCUGCAUUUUCCUGAGGGCGGGCGCUGCAGCUGGGCUGGGGCCAGGUCCCAACGGGGCACUCACCGGGGAUCCGUGCGCUGUGUCCUAGCCCUGGGAAAGCUGCUCUUUGAGCAUCCAACACAGCUUUGGCCGGGAGCGAUACACCAGUCUUGACACUGGAGCUGAUCCUUCAGCGCCGCUGAGGGACAGCAGGUCGGCUUUCAGCAGCCACGCCGGGGCUCGGACCAGCUCUUUGCAUCAGGGCUGCUGAGGGCAAGGCGCCACCGACCCCAGAAGGAGGCAUGAGGCCUCCAGCACCACCCCAGUAAUGAAGUUUUUGAUCUCAGCUGGGCUGAGAAAAAGUUUGGUGUUUUUAAUCACUUUUGGUCCCCAGCAGCCUCUUGUUCUGCCAAGUGAGAGCCCUCCACGCCAGCCCUGGGCCCGGGAGCGCCGAGCAGUUCCCGCAGUAGCAUGGCUGUUCAGGAGCUGCCUCAGGGUACGAAGGCAGGGACCUCCCUUCUCCCCAGGGAUCCCUUCCCCCUGAACACACACCUGCAGCUCCCGCAGCCGCUCCUGCCACCCCAGGGCAGGCGUGCCACACGUGGUCUAUUUUACAGCAUCCCGGGGCAGGUAUUUCACAGGAGGCAGCCUCCGCGUGCAGCACGCCCUGGGGCUGGGGGCAGCCUGGGAGCCCCUCGGCAAGGCUGCCUCUGGAACAGCAAUAAUUUUGUACAGUCUGAUUCCUCUCUGUGCUGGGGCGUGGGAUUAUUGUUAAACAGGUAACAAGGGGUUUGUAUCUGGGUUGUUUUCAGAAUAGUGUAUGGCCUAGAGCAUUUUAUACAAAAUGUUAUAAAAAAUAAAAACUAAAAAGCUUGUCCAGCUUAAAAAUAGACUGGCCUGAGAGCACCAGUAGGUGCUGGCAGUCAGCAACGGUGGGAGAGAAGCCAACAUAGCUUACUGGGCUCCUGCUCAAGUCUGCUACAGUAGGUGACUUUUCUCAGUCUUGUAGUCGGAUUUUUGAACACCUUUUACGUAGUAAAGAGCCAGUCAGGUGGGAAAUGAGAAGGUAGGGCUGUUAGCCUCUGCGUUAGAUACCCCCGAGCUCUCCUCUCCUGCAGCACAG